UGUAAGUACACGCUUCGUAUCAUUUACAUCUGGUGGUCAGCGUUAGACCCCUCAUCGCCAUCGUUGGACGUGCUGCUAGCCACCAUCAAUCUCACUCACGGAAACGUCAUUAUCUCCAAGCUACUUGGCCGCUGGAUACAAGAACUAUCAUUGACACUGAUAGAUUCAUUUCGUCAGCCGCAUUUGAAUAGUCGUCGUUUCUGCUACCUCUUCGCUCGCUUACCAUCGCUUACGGCCGUCGCUCCAGCUCAGCACACACAUCGCUCUCGAACACUGCCGCCUUCCAGUCAUCAUCACCCUCGCUAUCAUUACUUUGAUUCGUUGGUUGCACUGCACCAAAAGGCGCACAUAUCGCCACACACGUAUGUAUGUAUGCACCUUGGGUUUGACCACCCUUUUUUCUAGCUUGCCAUUGCCACUGUCGCAAAACAUUUCCCUUUCGCGACUACACGUAAGUAAUCCCUCAAUAACAGCCACAAAUUGCCAUUUGCGUUUUAAUUUUUGCCGCCUGAAAUUUUACUGCCUUUAACAAUGUCUUUGGACGAAUUAAAGCAACAGCGCGCAAAUACUAAGAAAAACAUCACGCGCAUCAAGAACAUUGUGGAUGCUAGUUUACGUCCAGGAGGUAAAACUCUCUCAGCUGCCGAAUAUAAAUGUCGUUUGGGCAUUUUUGAAUCUUACUUUAAACAGGUACUGUCCAUUCAGACGGAUAUAGAAAAAUUGGAUCCCGACGAUGGAGGACGCGCGGACCUUGAGGAAUUGUACGUCACUACAAAAUUAACGAUUCAAGCACAGCUAGUGGAGGAUCAUAAUAUUUCGCUUCCGGAAACAAGCUGCAUUGUGCAGCACAGCACUAAAUUACCAAAGCUCAAACUCCCAACGUUUAGCGGCAAGUAUUCUGAGUACCAGAAUUUUAUUACAUCCUUUAAACAGAUAAUUGAUAAAGAAUUUAGUCUUUCAAACAUCGAGAAAUUUAAUCAUUUGCGAAACUCGCUUCAAGGUCAAGCUUUAGAAACCGUCGAUGCAUUCCAGGUGACCAAUGAAAAUUACCCUAAAGCAUUGGAACGGCUGAAAGAAAGCGGUUUCGAAACCAAACGCACUACAAUUGAGAAGUCUUAUCGACAAGACUUCUGCCAUUUACGGUUCACUUCUCUCGUUGGGUAAUGAAAUGCAAAUUUCCCAAGCCAUGCUCAUUUAUUUGGUGCUUCAGAAAUCGGAUGAACAAACCAAUAAAAAGUGGAAAGAAUCUUUGGAUUUUAAGACGCUGCCGACGUGGGGCGACUGUGUGAAGGUGCUGGAAAGGCAUUGCCAAUAUUUGGAGUCGA